GCUGCUCUUCCUACCCCGCCCCACCGGGACCGGCGGCAGCGGGUGCCAAACCGCCCCCCGGGAGCCGCGCUGAGGACGCAGCCAUGCCCAGCGAUGACACUCAGCAGCCGGACUGCCGCCUCGUCUCAUCCCUCUCCAGCGCUGCACAGAGGACGAGGAUGCCAUGAGAUUUCCCACAGGCCCUCACUUGCACCUGUCUGUAAGUGAACCGGUGGGAAGGAGGGGAUAACGGACGGCGGAUAAUGACGUGAUGGUUCCGGUUGUAGAACGAGCGCAAGGGGGCUCCGAGCGUCUUUAUUGACCGGUACCGGAGAGGAUAUUGUGUGUGGAACCGUUUACGAUACUGGACCGACCGCACUUGUAGAAAAAAAAUAAGAAACGGUCUCUCAAACAGGUUGCUGAGAUUUCUUUCAAUCUGAAAGGGGGCUUUGCAGCACAGUCAACGAUGCUACCCCCCCAGAUUGUGACUUCCACAGGGGUUCCAGUGAGAGGAGGUUUUGAGAUUAACACUCCAUAGGCCGGUCAUGGUUUCCUACCUUCACACACUCCUCCAUCUCUGCAUCUCUCGCUGUCUUCUAAUGCCUGAAACAUCCCCAGCUGUCUGAUAACAGCUGCAUGAUAACCAACUACUUACAACAUGUUUCAUCAGUUACAUCAUGGUGUCACAUGAAUAUACUAAUUCAGCCUACAUUGGUUAUCUUUUCAGGCAUUAUAGAAACCUUUGUUGGACGGUUUGAUGGAGAGCUGGUCGAAUGUCAGCAGGAACUAUUGUUAUAUCCGGAGGAAUUCUCGCCGGAGUGAUACUGCUGUGCAUUGUAGCAGUGCUCUGUUACUGUAGACUCCAGUAUUACUGCUGUAAGAAGAAUGAUUCAGAGGUGGACAUGGGCUCCAUGGUGGGAGCGGACCCUCUCUCUCACUUUCCCUGCAAUGCCUGCGACGCCCUCGCCAUGGACGGCGCGGCUAUCACACCCGUCUCUCUGGAUCAGCUGGACGCGGGUUCUCACCACAACCACUGCCCCACCUGUUCACCGUACUCCCUCCGCUCUGGACUCACAGACGACAUGCGCAACGGAGGGGCGCGGCUGGGCUUCCACACCUACUACGAAAACCCGUCUGUCUCUCUCCCGCUGUCUGCCCACCCGCAGGGCUCCUCCCCUCUGAGUUACUGCAGUCACACGGACAUGUUUCCUCCCCCACCACGCCCCUACAGCACCCAGGUCUGAACUCUGCUGCACCAUAAAGACACACACUAACAUAUAUAGAAAACCUUUCAGACAUACUAACACACACCUGACAACUAACACAUGCCCUGUUGUUUGGGACUACAUUCAGGUGAUAGAUUUUGAUACUGCACAAUUACACACAUGCCCACAUUACUGUACAAGCUCACUUCUGCCACACAUUCCAGACUCAUUCAUCAUGGGGGUGACCCAUAAACUGAGCCCACUGACAGAGCCUCUGUGUGAGCAACACAUCCUCGGACCAAACCAUGGAGGGCUCCAGGCAGCAGCAUAAACCAGUGUUAGAUCUGCAGGGAAGUGGUAAAUAUUAUAACUCUAGUAUAACCUUAUUUUGUUUAACAUGAGGCCAAGUCACAUGCAUGAAAUGUGACUAAAUUUAGGUGUGAACGCACCUCGAUUGAUGCAUCAUUCAAGCCACUUUUGCAGGUUGUCAGGUACACGUGGCCAUGCUUGUAAUAUAGCGUGAACACAAAAGGGUCCCCAGGCACACUGAAAGACAGUCAAUUUUGUUGUGUAAGUGAAAGGGAUGCAAAUUUGAAGCAAUUCUAAUAAGCCACAUUAAUGACUUAUGAUUAUCCAUGAACCAUUAAAAGCUUAUGAAAUACACAUUGCAUCCCCCUCUCCCCCCCCCAAAAAAAGCUACAUUUAAAGAGCCAAUGUGCACUUUUUUGCACCAUAUGGUUGGAGCCAUAAAUUAAAUAAAUAACUUCCUAAAUAAUUUCCUCUGACGUUUUCUGGAUGUAACUAUGUAAUUGUGUACUAAUCACAGGAAACAUUCAUUCAUUUUAUUGAAUGAAAAACCAGGCCAGGUAAUAAUUAAUUGACUAUUCAUUUAUUAUUGGCAACUUUAUUUUCCAUACGCAUGUUGAAUUUUAUGUUGCCUACUUACAUUUUUUGCAUGUUCAGCUGAUCUGCUAAAAAAAACUCUGUUACGCUAGUAAGUAAUUAAAGUAAGUGAACUAGUGUAAAUAGUUUAACUAAAUACAGUCACUGUUUUCCCUAAUACUAGUACAAAAUUACAUGGAUCUUUAAGAAAAGAUAGUGGGGAAGUAUUAGGAAAAUAUUAUUAUGGACCCUUAUUAUUAUUGCUCCUGCUCCAAUUGCUGUUAUUCACUAAUGACACUACCAAAAUUAUGAAGUUACAGAACCUCAAUUAGAUUAGUUGUUGUAGUACCAAUGUGUAGGAUUUAGUGGCAUCUAGCGGUGAGGUUGCAGAUUGCAACCAACUGAAUAUCCCUCACCCCUCACCCCUCCCUUUCCAAGCAUGUAGUAGAAUAGCUACGGUGGCCUUCAGGUAAUGUAAACCUGGAAAGGCCCUCUCUAGAGACAGUGUUUGGUUUGUCCGUUCUGGGCUACUGUAGAAACACAACGGUGAAACAUGGCGGGCUCCGUGGAAGAGGACUCGCUCUCUACAGUAUGUAGAUAUGAAAGGAUAAUUCUAACGAAAACACAAUGAUUCUUAAUUUCAGGUAAUUAUACUG